UUGAUGUCACCGAGUCGAUGUCAUCUGGCAUUUUAUCUAUUUUUAUUGGCGAGAGCCACUGUGCUAUCGGCUGGCGUUGAUGAAAAGUUGUGACAUACAUGUAAGGGUGUGAAGACUGGCGGCGUUUCGGCAUAUCUUGCCUUGGUGGUUUGUGUGCAUCUUGGACCAGCGAUGGUGAGCAGGAUAGACUGAUGUCGUCGGUAUCUUUGACGGCAUGGGGUUUCAUCGGGCAUAACAUUUUAGCAUUCAAGAACAGCUGAGGGCACAUAUAAUCCAGAAAUGAUGUAAUUUUUCAUCAAAAGUCGGUCAAUUUGAUUAUACCGUGAGAUGAUCCGAGCACGACAAUAACUUUAGAACACCUUCAGGUAGAGAAUGGAAGAUAUAGAUGUGAAAGGUGGCCAGAUUGUAUUGUGGCUAUGGUCAGGUAAAUCUCCCAGUGAGGACCUUCAGUCAGAAGUGAAAGAUCUGCAGCAGAGGCUUGGCUCGGGUAAAGUUCAGAUGGAACACAUUGAUAGACUUGCUCUAGCAAACCACCCAUCAUCAACUUUUGAUAUAGCAGUAUCAGGUCUGCUAGACCCCAGUGCUAGUCUACAUAACUCGGACACACUCGCAGAACUGUGUCGUAUACUGAAGCCUGAUGGAAAGUUGUAUCUAGGUCAGGUUGUCACAGGAGCUUCUAGUGAUGAAAACAAAAUGAAAAUGACAGAUAAAACUACUUCAGUUUUGAAACUGUCUGGAUUUGUAAAUAUAUCACAGCCAAAGGUCAUUUCUCUGUCAGAUGAUUCCAAGCAAGAUCUUGUAAAACAACACAAAACAAAUGAUGUGUGUCUCAUCCAGUUUAUAGCAAAUAAACCAAGCUAUGAAGUAGGGGCUUCAUCACAGCUUAAAAUAUCCUUUGGUAAAAAGAAAACAGAUAGCGCUGUUGGGUCAAGUGAGAAGACAGCGGCUGUGUGGAAGUUGUCAGCUAUGGAUAUGGCCGAUGAUGAUGUAGAUUUAGUUAAUGAAGAUGAACUUUUAGAUGAAGAUGACUUGAAAAGACCAGAUCCUGCUUCAUUGAAAGCUGACUGUGGGACAGGUGCAGACAAGAAGAAAAAAGCCUGCAAAAAUUGUACUUGUGGUCUGGCAGAGGAAUUGGAUGCUGAGGCAGCUAAGUCAAAGCCAAAAACAGCAACGUCAGCAUGUGGUAGUUGUUACUUGGGAGAUGCAUUCCGUUGUUCAAGUUGUCCUUAUUUGGGUAUGCCAGCAUUUAAAGCGGGAGAGAAAAUCACCUUGUCAAACAGACAGUUACAGGCUGAUAGAUAACAAACAGACAUCGUAAUGAAGCGAUUGAGUGGAGUGAUAGGAACAGCGAACAUCUGUGUUGGCAGAUCAUCUGUUUUAAUUAGAGAAUAUCAAUCAGCACCAUAGUCACAAUCAUAUUUUAAUUGUAAAAUUGUGAGCUUGUAAUUUCAUGGAAAAAACACAAACUUUUGACUAUCAAAAUCAGGUGUAUGUUUGAAAAAAAUUGUCUCUUUAUUUUUUCAUUGCAAACUUUGUUCGCUUGAACUCUGAUAAUUGGAACUCAUCAUCAGGUUCUGGCGAAAUCCUUGUAUAAUGUAUAAUGAUCGAUGGCUCAAACUACUGAUAACUCGAACAAAUUUUGCAGGUCCGAUUGAGUUUGAGCAAACAAAGUUUGACUGUAUAUAUCUGUUACAAGUUACAUUAUGAUGAAUAUUAUGUUAUAAAUUGAACUGAUUGAAACAAAAUUUUCUUAAAUUAAUCAAAAUUUCUAUGUAUUGCUGUUAUUUUGUUGAAUUUGUGACAAGAAUUAUGUGGAUCAUGCCUUUCGGAAACGUACUGUCAAGUUACGUGUUGGUGACAAAAAAUUUCAAGACAGAUUUUGUAAAUGGCUUGCAGAGAUAUCAGCCAAUCUUGUCAGCAGUGAUUAUCAGUUUCCUUCCGUAAAGUGACGCAAUUUUCAGAUCUAGAAUACUUUGUUACACACAAAAAUAAAUACAAAAUAUGACUUUAUGAAUAUAGAGGGUUUUUUUUACUGAAAAGUAACAUUGCUUUUUAUUCUUAUUCUACCUUUCAUUUCCGAUAUGAAGGUAAAGAAUUAAAGAGAAACGUUUUGUUAUUAAAUGUGUAAUUUCCUUAUUUACAAUGGCAUUUAGUGUGUGAAUCAAAUAUAUGCUGUUAUACUUAGACAUGAUGUAGAACUAUUUUCAAUUUGCCAGGAAAACAUUGUGGGCCUGGGAUAAGGUAAAUAGGUGUUAACUUUUGAACCCCAGUAUAAAAAUUCAUGUUAUUUUAGAGACAGUAGCUGCCAGAAGAUCAUUAAUUGUUCAGAUUUUCAUGAUAAAAAUGGUGUCCUGUGUAUAAAUUACAUCAAUGUUAUCGUACUUUACAUGUUAGACUAGCUACUUCCAAAGCAAAGCAAAUAAGAAAUGCAUACAAAUGAUUUUUAUUGGCAAUUUCCAAUUUUUGCGAUAAUAAGUGCAGAAAGUCAUGAAGUAUAUUUCUGGAAAUUGACUUCUCUCUAAGCUAUUAAGAAAAGCAUAAUCUGAUCAUGUGAUCAAAUGUCAAAACAUGUUUGCUAGAAAAAAAAACAGAAGUGAAAAUGAGAACCUGAAAAACAAAAUUGCAGCUCCAGCAUUUUCAUAUGAUCUGCAAUCAGGAAAAGUUGAACUAAAUUGCCAUUCCUGUUAAAGAUUGUUGCAUCAUUUAAAUUAAAAUAAAAAAAAAUAUUUUCCUUCUACUGAAAAGGUAUGUUUUUGUAAGUUUGUCUUCUUCAAAAUAGAGAUAUAAAAAUGUUGAAAAACUUGUUUUUAUUUAGUUUCUAUUGUCUUGCAAAUAUGUUUAUUUUUAUCAGUGUGCUAAUUAUUUGUAAAACUGUGGUAACAAAUAAAUUAUAAAUACUGA